GUCUUGAAGGGAUACUAGGGAGGGGCUUGUAGGGAUACGAGGGAAAGGCUUGUAAGGAUACGAGGGAGAGGCUUGAAGGAAUAUGAGGGAGAGGCUUGUAGGGAUACGAGGGAGAGAAUUGAAGGAAUACGAGGAAAAGUCUUGUAGGGAUACGGGGGAAAGGCUUGUAAGGAUACGAGGGAAAGGCUUGAAGGAAUAUGAGGGAGAGGCUUGUAGGGAUACACGAAGGAGAGGCUCAUUUCGGGGACUGCUCAUCGGGAUUGUUUCGUCUCCCGGGAUCGAUUUUAGGUCUUCCUCGCUUUCUUUUUUCGUCGGGUACCCAUGUCAUGGCUAUAUAACAAAGACGUUCUAGAUCUUGUCUAAGCACAUUUAGGACUCCUCAUUCUCGAUGUGAUCUUUUUCAGCAAAAGAAGUAUUCCUUUUCCAGCAUUAUCUCCCUUCCAGGUCUCACAACCUUGUAACAAAACUGAGGUUACUGUGUGCCUGGUACAACUUCAUCUUCAUUCUUCCAGUGAUCUUUUUUUAAGCUACAUAUUCUUCUUAGUCUAGUGUAAGCAACCCUUGCUUUAAACAGCCUAUGCUUGAGGUCUUUUACUCAAUUAAAGCGACAUAUACAGACUACUACAUAUAACGGCUAUAUGACGAAACAACAGUUUUUAAAACAAAACUGACUGAACGCAGGCUAGCGCUGGCUCUCCUUUCUGCCGGCGCAACGACGUAAUGGUAGCCCAUGGUAGCCCACUUGCGAAAUCUGCAAAGACAGGAACAGAAGAACACUUUUGAUUUUGAUUAAGUCAUCUGUAUAGCUCCUUCCCUUUUGAAAUUUUAUACCGAAAUCGAAGAGAAAAGAGAGCUAUGGGAAGCUCCAAGUCUUCCAUGGGAUCAUCCCCAAACGGAGAGAACCUCAAACGGGUUUCCCUUUCAAAUAAAACGCUGAAACUGGAAUUUAAAGACACCAAGGAGUUUGGUCUCUUUACAGAAGGUAAAGCAUCUGAUCUGUUAGAGAGAUACGCAAAGAAAAGAGAGUCACAAUUACCGCCACAUAUGCUGUUGCAAAAUAUAAGCGUGGACGAGCAUGGCGAUCCCCAAUAUCGCAGGAAUGUCGGCGAACGAAUCGCUACUCUCGGAUCACAAGACGAUAUUAUUGUCACCGAAGAUGUUGGGAUUUUCGCCGCCAUUGUGACGGCGUAUAACUACCAUUGGAUACUUCGUACUUGCCCCGAGGACUGGUGGUUCUGUGUGAUUAAGAAAGUUUCUCAAGCAAUUGAUAAUCACUCAAAAGAGCAAACAGUGCGCACGUUUUUUGUGAACCACGAAGGCAAAAAGACAAUAACAGUGAACGUGCCAACUCUAAGUAUCUAUGGCAUCGACUAUGAAUGGUUUUUUGACGAAAUUUCCAAACAAAUAGACCAGAGUAUCAAAGUUCCUGGUUAUGUGAAAACAAUGACUGCAGAUUUUUCCUCGACCACCGCUGUUCAUAAGAUAGUAUCACAAGUAACUGUAAUGUCCUCAGUUCAAGAGUACUUUGAUUUCGAAUGCAUGCUGUGUUGUGGUAUACCUGCGAUUGAAAUGCUAGGCUCUAAGGAAGACUGGGAAAAUCUCCUCAGAAAAGCGAAACAAUUGAGAAAUCAACUGAAGCCUCUCAGAGAUGUCCUACACCUGGAGAAGUGGUGGGAAACUGUUGAAAAUGUGUUUAGGAAACUGCUUGCUACCUUCCAGAAUAACCCUGACAAGAAAUGGUGGAGUCACAUUCUAAGCUGGAAAGUUGGCUUUAUGUCUGGUGAAGCGUCAGGGUGGGAAGGGUGGCUUGUUGAUUUUCUUGAUCACCCUGGAAGCCGCAAGGAAGAUCAUGCACUUCCCGGCGGGCUAGUGACAGUACCACUCAUCUUCAGCACUCCUUGUGGCAAAAAGGAUACGGCCGCUCUAGUGGCAGGUAUGCUGGGUUUUACAGUACACAAGAUAGAUCAUGAAGAGAGACCUUCAGUACAGCCAUUCCAGGGUUGGUCUCUCCUGCUCGAAAAAAGAUCUCCAUUUCGUAAUUAGAUUAAUAGCAUUAUGAAAUAUAAUGCAAAACCAAAAUGUCAUGAGUUACAGGAACUCUUUUUUAGCUGCCCUGAAGGAGGACUAAAAUAAAAGUCUGAGACAUUGACAUACCAUAAAAGCUCUAAGUCCCCCCUUUCCUCCAUUAUAGGUACAUGACUGUUACCAGGAAUUAAAGAUACUUACAUAAACACAAAUGGGGGUGCUCCUCAGCAAAAUCGAUUUUAACACUAAGGAAUACCAUUUUGGGGUGUGGUCAACAGCAAUUCUUAACCCCAAAGGUUAGCACAGUUGAGUGUGCUCAAAGCAAUUUCUAACCCUAAGAGAUACCACUGCGGGAACACAUUUUAAAUUUAGAAUUUUAUCUAGCAAGUCCAUAUUGUGACAACUUUUGAGUCCAGUUGUUAUUGGAUAGGAUGAUCCAUCCAUGAAAACGCUGUAAAAAAGCAGAA